CGGGCGGCGCGGCGGGUCUGGGGCUGGCCCCGCUCCGGGCGGCCGGACAGGGCCGAGCCGGGCGGGAGCUCCGCAGCUGGGGCACGGCCCGGGGGAGGCGGUCAGGUUGCGCCGGGGGACGGAGACAGGAAAGAGCCGGCAGCCCCUUCCUGCCGCCCGCCGCCGCCCCGGGAGCCCCCGCCGGGCUUCCACCGCUUCUCCUCGCUCCCGACCGUGCAGUCUCCGACCUGACUCCCCUCUCGCCUUUCCCCUCCCGCUGUCGGUCCCUCCUCUUCCCCGGGGCUCUCGGCGUGUCUCCUCCUUCCCAACCACGUCCUCGGCCACCCCGCCGCAGAGCGGAGCGCUGCGGGCCGCGCUCCCGCUGCCUUUGCCCGGCGCAGCCCCUGGGACGCGGGCAGAGGAGCCCAAGUUCGGCCGGCGGGGGCUGCCAUGGCCGUGCCUCAGCCGCGGCGGGGGUGCUGUGACAUCCCGAGGGGUGGCAGGGCGUGCUUACUGCUGCGAUGGAGAUGGCCGUAAUUCCAGUUAAAUACGGGCAUUGGGGAAGCUGUCGGAUUCGGCAGUCCAUUGUACCAGCCCACCCAAUGGCUCCUCCUAGUCCCAGCACCACCAGCAGUAAUAACAACAGUAGUAGCAGCAGCAACUCAGGAUGGGAUCAAUUAAGUAAAACUAACCUUUACAUCAGAGCACUGCCUCCAAACACCACUGAUCAGGACCUGGUAAAACUAUGCCAACCGUAUGGGAAAAUUGUAUCCACAAAGGCUAUUUUGGACAAGACUACAAACAAAUGCAAAGGUUAUGGUUUUGUUGACUUUGACAGCCCAGCAGCUGCUCAGAAGGCAGUUUCUGCUUUAAAGGCCAGUGGAGUCCAAGCACAGAUGGCAAAGCAACAAGAACAAGACCCAACUAACCUAUACAUUUCCAACCUGCCUCUUUCAAUGGAUGAGCAGGAGCUCGAGAACAUGCUGAAGCCCUUUGGGCAGGUGAUCUCCACCAGGAUACUGCGGGACUCGAGUGGGACGAGCCGUGGCGUUGGCUUUGCAAGGAUGGAGUCAACAGAAAAAUGUGAAGCAGUGAUUGCUCAUUUUAAUGGAAAAUUCAUAAAGACACCAGCAGGAGUUUCUGUUCCUGCAGAACCUUUACUGUGCAAGUUUGCUGAUGGAGGACAGAAGAAGAGGCAGAAUCAGAAUAAAUACAUACAGAAUGGAAGAGCAUGGCACAGAGAAGGCGAGGUGAGACUUGCUGGAAUGACACUCACAUAUGAUCCAACCACAGCUGCUUUACAAAAUGGAUUUUAUCCAUCACCAUACAGUAUUACAGCAAACAGAAUGAUCACUCAGACAUCUAUUACGCCAUAUAUUGCUUCUCCAGUUUCUACAUACCAGGUUCAGAGUCCUUCUUGGAUGCAGCCUCAACCAUAUAUAAUGCAGCACCCAGGUGCUGUUCUGACUCCCUCCAUGGACCACACCAUGUCACUACAGCCUGCAUCAAUGAUAAGCCCUCUGACACAGCAGAUGAGUCAUCUUUCAUUAGGCAGUACUGGAACAUACAUGCCAGCCACAACAGCUAUGCAAGGAGCCUACAUCCCCCAGUACACACAUGUCCAGACAGCAGCAGUUCCUGUUGAGGAAGCCAGUGGUCAGCAGCAGGUUACGGUAGAGACAUCCAGUGACCAUUCUCCAUAUACGUAUCAGCAAAAUAAGUAACAGUGAGAUGUCCAGUGUUGACCUGGCCUGGAGAAGGGUGCAAAGGCUGAAACAAUCAUGGAUUUUACUGAUCAAUUGUGCUUUAGGAAUUAUUGACAGUUUUGCACAGGUUCUUGAAAAUGUUAUUUAUAAUGAAAUCAACUAAAACUAUUUUUGCUAUAAGUUCUAUAAGGUGCAUAAGAAAAACCUUAAAUUCAUCUAGUAGCUGUUCCCAUGAACAGGUUUAUUUUAGUAAAAAAAAAAAGUUUUUAUCAAGUGUUAUGACGCAAAAAAAAAAAACCUUCAAAUUUCUGGGUAUGCACAGAUGACCACGAAGACUUAUUCACGUGCAUGACAGAAUUUGUGUUUUGGUUUAUUUUUAUUUUGUUUGUUUCUUUUUAUCUUUUUUUUUUUGUAUGAAAUGGAUUUUCUGAAGUUUAAAAUAGUAAAACAUCUAAGAUGAUGUUCUGUGCUUGCAGUGUGUGAGUGUUGCUUUAGUGCAGUGUUGCAGUUACAGUGUCUGGUCUCUUAGCUUUCUGUUUUUCUUUUAAUGUAGUGUGAAGUGUCUUAUCCUUUUCUAUAAAUUCCAAUUUGCCUUAAAUCUUUCAAUGCUGUAGCUGUUUCAGUAAGUAGUCCAAACUAAUGGUGUAGAAUGCUUUGACCAAAUGAGCUGGUCUAUUAUGCCUUGUAAAACAGCAGCAUAGGGCUUUUAAAGGUAGUCAAUAAAAAUUGCUGAAAAUUUGGCUUUUUUAAUGUGUAGUAAGUGUUUUUAAUGAUUUUUUCACAUAAUAUGUAAGGUAGUGAAAUGCAAGAGGGGAAAAAAUGUUUUGUGUGAAACACAUUUUCUGACUGGGGAAAUUUUAAUAGUAUAAAUUGUUUGUAAGGCCAUAUGCCUAUAGUUCCCUCUGGUAGUUUGAAUGAUUUAGGAACUCUGCUGUAUGAUGCAAUGUAAAAUCUUUUUUUGCCUUUUUUCAGAAACUAACUUGAUGUUCUAGUUUUAGCAUAGGUAGAGUAGGGAGUUUGGGGUGGAGAUAUCACCGAAUGUUUUUGUCCUUCCUUUAUACUAAUGAUAGUGCUUUAGGAUGAGGAUUGUGCUGAGAGGUAGCAAACAGAAAAGUUGCUAUUACAGCAAAAUGGCAAAAGCUAAAGGACUCGUUUUCAAACAUAUGCUGAGAUUUAAGUAGAAACAUAAUUGAUUGGGUACUAGCUCUCUAUAGUAGGUAAAUAAAAAUAAAAAGACUUGGCACUUUUAAAAGGUAACUUUACCAAAGAACAAAGAGCCAGUAACCAAUAAUUCUGAUUUGUCUCAGCAUUGCGUCUUCUGUACUCUUUAUUUUUGCCGGACCAGUUUGCGGUUAAGAGAAUGUGCCUUUUUUGUACAUUUGCAUUUAGGUUUUAUAAUUUUAAUUGAUGUAUGGACACAAAAGCAUGAAGGAAGACUUGGAUCCAAGCAGUGCCACACUUUACAUCAUCACUACAAGUGUUAAGUGUAAAGAAAACCAAUUUUGAAACUAUGAAAUUCCUGAUUCAUAAAUACACAGUUAUUUGUACUUCACAUAUUAGAUAAUUCACUGCUACUAAAGCUUUUUAUUACAAUUGCAUAUGUUUUAAAUUGAAUGAUAAAUUAAGUUGUCUUCCAAAACUGUGUACUUCUCUGGUCAGCUGUAUAUGAUCAGUUAUCUACCUCAAAGUUUAUUUCCUUUUAUAUUGGGACAGGUUGCUGGCCCUCCCUGUUUCCACAGACCAAAUCAUCCUAGCUCAGGAGCUAGGGCUAAGCAGUUGUUUCUUUCAAGUAUUUUUUAGUUUUUAAAUUUUGUGUGAGUAUUGGAGUAUAGAUGUCGGUGACAUUUCAUAGUUUCAAAAGUAAAUUGCUGCUCUGAGAAGUGUAGAUUCUAGUGAAAUGCAUAGUCAUAAGAGAUGUGUUUUUGUUUUUUCUUUUUUUAAAAAGUUGUGGUAUUAUUGGUUCUAUGCUCCCUGGAAUAUUACUGCUUUGUAAAAGUCCAGACUUCCUGCAGCACCUUGCCUGUAUUUGGUAACUUUCCAAACCUGGAUCUCUCACUACUUGCUAUUUUUGCAUUAAUUAAAAACUGCAGUAUGAUAGCUGUGUUAGAGGGAGGGAAGAGUUGCUGCCAGAAAUGUCUGAACUAAGUGCCAUACUCAUUGUCUGGGUAAGAUUUGGGAAAUUUAACCUCUGUACAUAAAGAAAUAAUCAGUUACUUAAACAUCACAUAGUAGACAGCCAUUAAAUUAUAAAAAAUUAAUUUAUGAAGAAAGACCUUUUGUACAGAUUGAAAAAAAAAAGAUUUUCAUAGAGAUAUCUAUAUGAUCAAGAGAGUUAAUUUUUUAUUUUUGUUUUACUAGUGCCACAAACUUGCCAGUGGUAACUUAUUUGUCCGGUUCAAGAUAACUCUGUAGUUUUGUUUCCUAGGACUUGUUGUUAAACGCCAAAAGACAUUUUUGAACUGUAAAUUUGAUUAGAUUGUUAGCUUUUUCUGUUUUAUUUCUUUGAAAACUUUUGAAUAAAAAAGAUCCAAAAAAAUGAAAAUGCAUUGUCUUUUUCCUUCAGACCUUCCUUUAUUGGGGCAAAACCCAAACAGGUUAUGGUAAAACUUCUGUGUUUAUUUGGAAAUGUUUGGAAUUGCUUUCUGCUUGACAGCCUGGGUUUUUUUCUCCUCAAUCUUUCAUCAAAACCAAAUUUUAACUCUUUCACACCACACUACAAAGUCACUAAUUCUUUCAAACACAACAGGAAAAGAUAUAUGAAAAAUACAUUAUGAGAUGUCGGAUUUGGAUGCAAGAACUUUGUUCUGCUAUGUGUCAGCUCACACAGGGAGUUGUGUGUAACCAGGCUUGUGCUGUGGGUGUAAAUGCCAUUUUCCUGAGGUAAGGUUGGAGGUGGAGGGUCACUUUGGUAGCUCAUGGCACAGGAUCACUGCCUUCAAAUGCUUUUGUCUUCCCACGUGUGCUGGCAUUGGCUGGAAUAUCCAGUUCUGGAGAGCAGAGGUGACACUUCACUGGGACUCAAAGAGAUCUCCAGUGCUGGCCUUCCAGCUGCCAUCUUUAAGCCCUGCAUUUCUUUAAAGGUAAUCUCUGAUUUUAUUAUCCUUUUGGCAGGAUCAGUACUGGUGGUGGUGUGUAUCAGGUAGAGGACUGC